AUGAGUGAAGUUCAGAUUACUAUGCCCAUAAUUGAUGCCUUCAUGCUAGUGCCUCAAUACAGCAAGUUCCUCAAGGAUGCUGUAACUAAGAAGAAGAAGGAGAUGGAAGGCAUGGUGGUUCUUACUCAUGAGUGUAGUGCUAUUAUCCAAAGGCUAACCAUCCCUAAGAAGCUUGAAGAUCCAGGAAGCUUUACUUUACCUUGUGCCAUUGGGCAAUUUACUUUUGAGAGGUGUCUAUGCGAUUUGGGAGCAAGUGUGAGCCUUAUGCCUCUCUCCAUUGCUAAAAGGCUUGGCUUUACACAAUACAAGAAGUGUAGACUCUCUCUUGUGCUAGCUGAUCGCUCAGUGAAGAUUCCCAUUGGUAUCCUAGAAGAUCUCCCUGUCAUGGAGCAGUUGUGA